UGCCAUAUCUGUUUUGCGAGAUGGCUGCCGUUUCAGAUUUUUUUUCUUUAGGUAGUGUUGUUUGGUGUAGAACAUGUUAUAAUAAAGAAGUGGAAGGUGAAGUUCUGGCUUUCGACCCACAAACGAAAAUAUUAAUUUUGAAAUGUUUAUCGUCAAGUGGAGAUCCAAAGCUAAACGAUGUCCAUUUUAUAAAUUUAUCGUUGGUUAGUGAGCUCAAGGUGAAGAAAGAAGUGACCACUAUCCCCGAAGCACCACAGUCUCUUAACCUUCAAAGACUAAACACUAGAGUGAGAAAUCAAGUAGAUGAAAAGAAGAGAAUGUUACAGGCAAUAUCGGCAAACGUCAGUUCCGAGGGCCAAAGUUUGUUUAUAGCAAUAGCCAAAACGAUAAAUGAGGUUAGGUGGAGAAAUUCCGAAAUCGUAAUUUGGAAUCAUGAGGUUAUAAUAAGCCCACCAUACCAAUUGGAAAAUAUACAAGGCAACACUACCAGUAAAGAAUACGGUUAUAUAAGGAAAGUGGUGGAGAAACACAUGAAAGAUUUAGGGUUAAAUUCCCAGAACUCUCCGGUCUGUCAGAAUAGUUCAUCGUCGCAAUAAGAAUCAUAGAUAAUUUCUAUAUCUAAUGCAUAUACCUCUCGUGCAGUUUUGGUUCGGAACUAAAAUAUUUUUUUAUUUGCAUAUCAACUAGCGCAUUCGGAUGUGUAAAAUUCAUCAUACAAUCUCAGAACUGUGGAUCGUUUUAGUUCAAAUUUGAUUCUUUAUUAAGUUAUAUUGGAGAAUUGUUUAAAAAUACCUAUAAUAGUAGCCAAUAUGAUAUCCAUCUAUUUAUUUUAUAUUAAUAAAAAUUUAAAUUACA